GCGGUCUCACUCGGCAUUCACGAGCUCCAGUUACUCCUGUGUCUCGCAUUCUCGCUACACCACUUCUCGUGCGGUUUGCCUGCUAGCGUGCCACACAGCGAAUGGAAGCCUACGCGGCAGCGGCGUCGCCACGGACGACGGCCAUGGGCGUGGAGAAGCUCAGCUACCAGCUCUUCUCCCUGCUCGAGAGCAAGUUCCUCUUCGGCGCCGGCGCCGGGUGCCUGUCCUCCGGCCCCGGGACGCCGGCACGGGCGUUCCUCGACGGCGGGCGCGUGCGGGUGCUGGCCAUCGACGGGUGCGGCGCGGGCGCCGAGGACGCGCUCCUGGCCGCCGCGGCGCUCGCGAGGCUCGAGACCAAGCUGCGGGAGCAAGCCGAGGACCCCGACGCGCGCGUGGCCGACUUCUUCGACGUGGCCGCGGGCGCAGGCGCGGGAGGCGUGCUGGCCACGAUGCUGUUCCUGAGGGGCCCCGACGGGCGGCCGAGGUACUCAGCGCAGGACGCGCUCGCGUUCGUGGCCGGCAACGCCGGGAGGAAGGACUGGGGCGGCCGGCGCGGGCGGUGGGCGAAGAUAUUCCGCGGUUCCCGGAGCGGCGACCGCGUGUUCCAGCGCGUGUUCGGCGACGCGACGCUCCGGGACACCGUGGCCCCGCUGCUGGUGCCGUGCUACGACCUCGCCACGGCCGCGCCCUUCGUGUUCUCGCGCGCCGACGCCGUCGAGAGCGACACCUUCGACUUCCGCCUCCGCGACGUCUGCGCCGCCACCUGCGCCGUUGGCCGUGAGCCCGUCGCCAUGAGGUCCGUCGACGGUCUCACGGCCAUAGCCGCGGCGUCCGCGGGAGUGGCGGCCAUGGGCAACCCGGCCGCCGCCGCCAUCACGCACGUGCUCCACAACAAGCAGGAGUUCCCUCUCGCCACCAGCGUCGAGGACAUCCUCGUCCUCUCCAUCGGCGCCGGCGCCUCCGCUACAAUUUACGACGGGUCGAGCACGCCGAUGCCCACACGCUCGCCAUCGCCGCGCGAGCUGGCGCGCGUCACGGCCCAGGGCGUCGCAGACAUGGUCGACGAAUCAGUGGCCAUGGCGUUCGGGCACACGUGCGGAAGCAACUACGUACGCAUUCAGGCCGGCAAGGCGCCGACCCCGCUCCACGCGGAGACGGCGGCCGCAGCCGCCGGAGCGAUGCUGGCGCAGAGGAACGUUGAGUCGGUGCUGUUCCGCGGGCGGAGGCUGUCGGAGCAUACCAACGCCGAGAAGGUCGACGCGCUGGCGGCGGAGCUGGUGAAGGAGCAGGAGCGGAGGCGGCGCAGCCCGCUCCCGAACGUGGCCAUCAAGCAGGUCGGCACCCCGCGGCUGUCGUCGGCGACCACUUCGUCGUCGGGCACCGCGACGGCGAGGACAGCGUCGACGAUGCCGUCGCCGGCGUCGUGGGAUUCUCGCCGGUAGGCGUUGGGUUAAUGAAAUUUGUCACUGAUGACGAGGAUCCUGUGUAAUGUGUACACUGCAUGUCACUGACUAGGCUAGGCGUGACGUGUGUUCCUUUUUUCUUUGCAAGAAUUAGGCACUAGCGUGCGGGUUGCAAAAGUUUGGGAAUGAAAUUUCUUUACCAGAAUUCACCGAGCA